AUGUUUUUGCAGCGACUCGCUGUUCUCAAAUACAGUAUCGUACCAAGAUCGCCAUUGCAGAACAUUGCCGCCCUGAGAUACGUUGCCGCCGUUUGUCCUACAGUGCAAGCAGUUGUUAAGCUGGAUGAUGAUGUCGCUUGGAAUAUCCAGGGCAUCAAAUCGAUGGUAGAUGAAUCCAUAAAGAUGGGCGCAUUCGCUGUCUCUAAGGCAAAGCUUCGAAGAAAAAAGGUGAAGGUCGCUAUUUGGAGCAAAGAAAAGCAGUUGUGA